ACGUCACGGCCAGUAAGUUUCAGACGUUAUUGCGCAUGUCAGAGAAUUGAAAAGGCUGCAUCGUCAGUCACGUGUAAGAGCAGAAAAUCAGUUUAAAGUCAGAACAUUGCUUCUCGCGCACAGGUGAGUUUACCUGAGGAGUGCCGAGACCGGAAACCAGACACCCGCGGUCAAAGAAGACGACUGGAAGAAAAACCGCCGAAGAAUAAGCUGAGCGGGUGGAGCUGGUCGGAGCUGAUCGAUCAGAUGGAAGGUGGGUGAUUGAUAAUCGAUCCACACGUGACUAACCAGCUGAUCAAUGGCACGCGCAGCAAAAGGUUUCAGCUGACUGGCGGAAGCCUUUCCGUUAUUAAUCAGCGAUCACGCGCUCAGGGUCAGAGGUUAGAGACCAAAACGACAACAAAGAGUGACGUCAUAUGUAUACACCUGAGGUCCCUGUAGGAUUUCACCUUUGCCUGGAGUCACGUGGACCAUAAAGGUGGGCAGCUUGAUAUCGAUUAUUGACCAGCAGGAAUUAUUAUCGCUUCAGACCGGCAGCGUUACCAUGGUGAAAUACCCCCUGACCCGGCUAAAGCCAGGUAAACCCUGAGUUACCUGGAUGAGGUGACCGCUGCUGCAGAGCUGGAGUGGAUGAGGUGACAUCUCAGUGACGUCAGCAAACAGGAAGUCUGCUGCAAUCACAGGAAGUGCGAGAAAGAUCAAAGACAACGCUGCCGACUGGCACAACAUGAUGCUGCGGUGGGACAGGUUGAAUGAGGAUGGCUUCAUGGCGGUGGCGAGCAUCAUCAACAUGAGGCGUGCUCAGAGCGAUCAGCUGCUGCUCAACAACUCUUCAUCGCCUCCACCCUCUUCCUCACCACAGCACGUGGGCGGAGCCUCCGAGCUGCAGGACAAAUGUCUCAAACUGCAGGAAGUCGUUGACAAAAUGGCUGCUGUGGUGACGAAGAUGGCUCGUCUGAUGACAUCACAGCGUGGAGUAGAGGAUCUGGAGGCGUUUCAGUUUGGAGCCGAAGGAAGAAAAACUCCUCUGUUUCACAGCUGGAGCACCAGCGAGUUUGGUGAAAUCUCUCAGGUGCUGCUCGACUCGUUCCGUCAGGAGCUCCUCUUGAAGCAGACAAUCCUACAGGAAGUGGCUCACACGGUGACCUCUGACCUCUGCAUGGUCUUUCUGUCCUGCUGGCUCCAUCAGCCGUUCAUUCCCACGCAGAGCAGACUCAGGCUGGAGGCGUUGCUGCUGGAGACUGGGCACCGCCCACUGUGAGACCGUCAGCCCUGUCGGAGAUGAAGCACAUGAAAGAGUCGCAACAGAGGAACGCCAGACUGAUCAGUGACUCUAUUGAUCAUCCAUUAAACCUGAUGCAGGUGUGACCCUGGUUCCACCUUGAUGAAGGAGACUCACUCAGCCCCUUUUUUGUUUGAGAUCACAGGAAAUAAACUGAUCAAUACCUGUCAUCAGCACAGCGGAGCUCACCUGUUGCCUCACCUGUACUUGUGUGGCUAAAUUCUGAUGACAUCAUUAAGAUUAAACAUCUCCACAAAGAACUUACCCGCUCAAGCGUUUGGUUGCCGUGGCGAUGUUAUGUUUAAGCAUUUUUUUUUUUCCUUGUUACAUCACGGAUUGAUGGCAAGUUUGUUCAAACCGGAAGCGACACACCUGGUCAGACUCUGCAUGAGCCACCUGUAGCCAUGGCGUCUGGGUGCUGAAGCCCACAGCCCGCCCUUUAUGGAUGUGAUGUGUUUAUGUGCCUGAAAUAAAGACGGAGGUCUUUGUACACAUGAACAGUGUACAAUAAAGUUGUUUUAAAUCUG